AUGAAAUUGGAGUUAACUGUAGUAGAAGAGGGAAGCAGAGGAGGAUCCAUUGGGCUUGAUAGGGAAAGAGCAUCGAAGAGACUGUUAUGGGCCAGCAAUGAUUCUGGAGGCCAGCGAAGCUCUGAAUCGAGAAAGGGAAAGAAUGGAAAUGCGCUUCCCAAGAACUUGAACAAAGGAAGUGGGUCUUUUGAGGAGAAACAGAAGACAACACAAAAGAUUCCUAAGAGGAUGGAAGUCCCGGUGGUAGAGGAUGAGGACAGCAAGGUCAAAACAAGUGAGAAAGUUAAAACAUUAAAUUCCUUCAAGGAACUCUGCUCCCAAGCUUUAGUAAAUGCACUUGGGAAGGAAUACACUGUCCCAACAAUCAUACAAAAGUAUUGCAUACCAUCCAUGGUUGAAGGGCGGAAUCUCAUUUGUAGGGCCCCGACAGGGAUGGGGAAGACCAUGUGUUUUUUGAUUCCCAUUAUAGAAAGGUAUAAACAAAUGAAAAAGCCACAGGCGUGCAUUAUUUCCCCGACAAGAGAGCUUUGUGAGCAGAUUCGAACCGAGACCUCGAAGCUUGUGUAUGGAAGCAAGAUCAGGGUUGUAUCGAUCUACGGUAAGAAGCAGGACCUUCCCAGCUAUGCCGGUGUCGAUAUUAUAGUUGCAACACCUGGAAGACUCAUAGAUCUAUUGCACAAAGGAAGGGUGGAUCUUUCCGAAAUAAAAAUGUUUGUCUUAGAUGAAGCAGACAAGCUUCUAGACAUGGGGUUUGAGGUGCCCAUAAAGGAAAUCCACAAGUAUAUUCCCAAGAAUACACAAACAUGUCUCUUCAGUGCCACGUAUUCACCAAAGCUAACACGGAUGAUAAACUACUUUCUUCCGGAAGAUAAAGUAUCGGUUGAGAUACCUUCUGAGACCCUUAGGAACAUCAAGCAGGAGAUUGUGGAGGUUCGGAACAAGAAAAAGGCGUUGUUAAGUAUCCUCCAGAACUCGGACAUCAAUCUCAAGGGAUCGUGGAGGAUGGAGGUUCAGCCCGAUAAAGUCCUUGUAUUUGUUGAAAGAAAAAGUGAAUGUGGAGAGGUCGAGAAGGUCUUGAAGAAAAGCGGUGUUUUAUGUGUCACCCUGCAUGGGGACAAGGAGCAAUCUGACCGCAAUGAGGCACUGAAGGGGUUUCGCAAUGGGAGGUUUCCGGUGAUGGUUGCAACUUCUGUCGCUGCCAGAGGUAUAGACAUCAAGGACAUAAAGCUGGUGAUAAACUACGACAUUCCAAGGGAUAUAAAGGAGUAUAUUCAUAGAAUUGGACGUACUGGGCGUGAAGGAAAAUCAGGGAAAUCGAUUUCAUUUUAUGAUGGGGGAGUGAGUGCAGAUUUCAAGAAAGCAUUAAUAGAAGUUCUAAGGGAGUCCAAAAAUCCAGUCCCCUCCUUUCUGUCUGAUGUUGCAGAGGAUUUUGAUGCUAAGCUUCAAAGGUUGAAGAUAAGUGCAGACAAGGAGACGUCGGAUGAUGAGGAAGUAGGCCUGUGGGGGGAUGUCUCCCUUGGGUAA